GGAUCGCCGCCGCGGCCUGGGCGAGGGUGGGGAAGGGGCGGAAAGCGCAGCCGGUGCUCCGGGCGAGGCGCUCCGCAGCUGAGCGCUGGGCGGCCGCCCUCGGCUCCCGGCGGGGCGCAGCCCGAGCUCCGCGGGAAGGAGCUGGGAACGCCGGGCUGGAAGGCUGCGGGACAGCGGUAGCGGUGAGCCACCCGGUCUUCCAGGGAGUUCUCCUUCACUCCUUGACUCCCCCGUCUGCGUGAGGCAAAUGCUUAAUGGCCACAGCAGAGCACUAAACAGUAUUAGAAAAAAAUCCCAGCAUUAAGACCUAUAUCUCCCACACCACUGGCUGAAAAAGCGGCUGUCACUGCCUUCCUGGUGCAGCAUGGCAUUUGGACCUGGUGUACUCUGCCUGUUCCUGUGGACAAUAACAGGUUCCAGUUGUGAGCAGUGCAGAGAAGGAGCCACAUACUCAGGUGCAGUAAUAUCUCCCAACUUAGAAACCACUAAAAUCAUGCGAGUUCCUCACGCUUUGUCCGUGUCCGACUGUAUCGCGGCGUGCUGUGACCUCUCCGGUUGUGACUUGUCCUGGAUGUUUGAACGGCGCUGUUACAUCGUCAACUGCCAACACAAGGACAAUUGUGAGCCUAAAAAAAUUGAAACUGUCAAGUCCUACCUUACCUUUGUGCUGAGGCCUUCUCAGAGGCCAGCCUCACUGCUAGGGCUUGGGCAAGUGAUCCCAAGCAUGGUCCACUCUGUGGGACUCCAGAAUGAGCCGUCAGAGGAAGUGAGUAGCCUGAAGAAGCUGUCUCUGCUUGGCAAAGAUCCCAGCCUUGAGGAGAUACCUGAGUACAUUGAUGAUUAUAAAGAGUUGGAGCAGGACCCCUUUCAGGUGGGCAUCAAACAUGAGCAGAAGGAUAAUAUAGAUUAUGCUGACUGGGCCCUGAUAGUGGCAGGUGAAAAUGGCUUCAACACUUCCACGGGUGAUGAUGGAGAUAACCAGGAAGAUUUUGCUGAAAAGAAAGGGGUGGCUGGGAAGGUGGAAAGCCUUCUGAAUAAAAACAGCUCUGAACUGACUUCCGUCAAUGAACACCCCACAGAGAGGUCAUCCCCUCCGGAGAUUACACCACUCCCUGGGAAGACAUUUGAAAGGGAAGCAGCAGUUCCACUCCUUUCACAACCUGAGGAUGCUUUGCAAAAAGAGGCUACUACACCUUCCUCUUCUUCAGAUAAACCAGAUUUCUCCCCAGGCAUGUCAGAGAAAACCCAGACUCCCACAGUGGCCCCAGAGAAUGCCACUGAAGGUGAGAUCAUGCUACUUCCCACUAAUGCUGCACCAUCCGAGCCCAUGCAGCUGUUCACACCACCUGCUACUGCUGCUCAAGCAGUUAAAGAACUUACUGUGUCUGCUGGAGAUAACAUACAAGUGGUGUUACCCAAAAAUGAGGUUGAACUGAAUGCCUUUGCUGUCCCACCACCAUCUACAGAAACAGCCUACACCUAUGAGUGGAGCUUAAUCAGUCACCCUGCUGACUAUAGUGGGGAAAUGGAGCGCAGGCACAGCCAGACUUUGAAGCUCUCUCAUUUAUCAGUGGGACUUUAUGCCUUCAAAGUGACAGUUUCUGGUGAAAAUGCCUUUGGUGAAGGUUUUGUAAAUGUCACAGUCAAACCAGCAGUCAGAAUUAAUCAGCCACCUGUUGCUGUUGCUUCACCCAAAGUGCAAGAAGUUUCCUUGCCUACAACUUCUACCUUCAUCGAUGGCAGUCAAAGCAUAGAUGAUGUGAAGAUAGUGAGUUACCACUGGGAGGAAGUUAAAGGUCCCCUGAGAGAGCAGAAGGCAUCUGCUGACACACCUGUCUUGCACUUGUCUAACCUUGUUCCUGGAAACUACACCUUCAGACUCACAGUGAUUGAUUCGGAUGGAGCAGCCAACUCCACCAUUGCAUCUCUGACUGUCAACAAGCCAGUGGAUUACCCACCUAUUGCUAAUGCAGGACCGAAUCAGGCUGUCACUUUGCCCCAGAACUUCAUCACACUGAAUGGAAACCAGAGCAGUGAUGACCAUGAAAUUGUCAGCUAUGAGUGGUCACUUAGUCCCAAAAGCAAAGGCAAGGUUGUAGCAAUGCAGGGAGUGCGGACGCCGUACCUGCAGCUCUCUGCAAUGCAGGAGGGAGAUUACACCUUCCAGCUGACUGUGACAGACUCUGCGCGCCAGCGCUCCACGGCCGAGGUGACGCUGAUCGUGCAGCCUGAAAAUAACAGUCCUCCAGUAGCAGUGGCUGGCCCUGACAAGGAGUUGACCUUCCCAGUAGAAAGUACUACACUGGAUGGAAGCAAAAGUCAAGAUGACCAAGGCAUUGUCUUCUAUCACUGGGAAAAUAUCAGUGGGCCAAGCUCUGUACAGAUGGAAAACACUGACAAGGCAAUAGCUACUGUGACUGGCCUCCAGGUUGGCACCUAUCACUUCAGGCUGACUGUGAAAGACCAGCAGGGCUUGAGCAGUGCAUCUGUGCUCUCCAUUACUGUGAAGGAAGAAAACAACAGUCCACCCCGGGCACAUGCUGGUGGGAAGCAUGUUCUAGUGCUUCCAAACAACUCUGUUACCUUGGAUGGCUCGGGGUCUGCUGAUGACCAGGGCAUUGUGUCAUAUUUGUGGAUUCGGGAUGGUCAAAGCCCAGCAGCUGGGGAUGUGAUCCAUGGCUCAGACCACGAGGCAGUACUGCAGCUAACUAACCUUGUGGAAGGAACCUAUAUUUUCCACUUGAAGGUGACAGAUGCUAAGGGAGACUCAGAUGUUGAUUCAGCAACUGUUGAAGUGCGGCCUGAUCCCAAAAGGAAUGGUCUGGUGGAGCUGAUCCUGCAGGUUGGAGUGGGACAGCUAAGUGAGCAGCAGAAGGACACUCUGGUGAGACAGUUGGCUGUACUGCUGAAUGUUUUGGAUUCAGAUAUCAAAGUUCAGAAGAUACAAGCCUACUCAGAUAUAAGCACAGCAGUUGUGUUCUACGUGCAGAACGGGCAUCCUUCCACGGUGAUCAAGGCGUCAGAUGUCUCACGGACUCUGCACGUGCAGCUUUUGAAACAGAAGGCUGACUUCCUGCUUUUUAAAGUCCUGCGAGUGGACACGGCUGCCUGUCUUUUGAAAUGCUCUGGACAUGGGCACUGUGACCCCAUAACAAAGCGCUGCAUUUGCUACCAGCUGUGGAUGGAAAACUUGAUUCAUCGUUAUCUCAGUGAUGGAGAGAGUAAUUGUGAGUGGAGUAUACUCUAUGUGACUGUAUCUGUUUUUAUUUUCAUUGUGGUCAUGGUAGGGCUUGCCUGGUUCUGCAUCUGCUGCUGUAAAAGCCGCAAGAGGACAAAGAUAAGAAAGAAAACAAAAUAUACCAUCCUAGAUAACAUAGAUGAACAGGAGAGGAUGGAGCUGCGGCCCAAAUAUGGUAUAAAACACAGAAGUACAGAACACAACUCCAGUCUGAUGGUCUCUGAGUCAGAGUUUGACAGUGAUCAGGACACUAUCUUCAGCAGAGAAAAGAUUGAAAGAGAAAAUUCUAGAACACUUAUAAAUGGGUCCGUCAGAAAUGGAGUUUCCUUCAACUACAGCUCCAAAGACAGAUAACUGCAUGAGGGUAAAAGCACAGAACACCCUGGCGUGACACAUCUGAAACAUGUUGGCCCACUUCUGUUUUUCCAGAACCAAAAUCUUCCUAAAAUAUCAACUAAUUGCAGAUUAAAGGGUAAAUUUUUAGCACAGGUAGGGGAAGGCAGAAGGAGGGAGAAAGGAUUAGAUUGUCAGCUAACUCCUCUUGUCACCAUUAUAGGAACAAGACAAAGCACAUUUUUUUUCUUGCAUGUUCUGUGCUGAAUGUUUGAACUUCAGAAGGCCUUUUUUUCUGUAUCACUGCUACAAAACUAGCCAGGGCUAUUCUGCUACAAACUAUGGUAACUAACAAAGGCAUACAGAUUCAUAUGUGCUCCUAACGCUCUCUUUGAGAAGUGGUGUGAUUUACAACAGCAAAAGCCAAUAUAGAUGAAGUUCCUUACAAUUAUAGAGAGCAAUAUGUGGCCACAGGCUCCAUCCUAAUUUUUAGUUUAGGAUGGAAACACAAAGAUUUUUAGUGCAUUGUCUUUAUCCAUCUGUAUUUUGGGACUUCUUUUACUGUGAUAGUGCUCAUUGGGUAGGGUAGGUUUAUUGGGUGAAAACAUUCUUGUUUUCAGAGAAAGUUAAAAACUGGAAUAGUUGCACUGGAUCAGCUGUAAUGUAACAUGGUAUACCUGUGUCCUGUAGGAUGCAAUGUUCCCUGUAUUCACAUGGGAGGUGUGAUGUCUGCAGGGAAAUCCAGCCUUAGGUUGCUUCUGUAAUGAUCAAAUUGCUUUGGCUCUGCCGUGUUCAUCCAGGAAACUGUAGCAGGAAGGACUUGGUGUGAUGCACCUUGAGAUGCAUUUUGAGCAUCCCAAACAAUCUUUUUAGAUCACUUUGAGGAGCUCUGGACCUUUUAAGACAGAAUGCUCAGCUGAGGUGAGUUUCCAUCUGUCAGCAUCAAGUGCCCAAUUAAAGGAUGUGCUGGGCACUCGUGCAGUGAAAUGUUUGUGGCAAAUACCCUGUGUGGAGCAGGAGGUUCAUUGUACUUUCAUUGUCGUGGUAAUUGGUAUUGAGCAAUGUUUUAGCUUGAACAUGAAAUUGUUUGACUUUUUUCUCUCUGGCUGUUGAGUGACUGGAUGUAUUGGCCUAAAGAGAUCCUUUUUGGACUUUGGCAAGGGUAGGUGUAUUGCAGAUGUGACAUUCUUGUUCACAGUCUGGGUAAUUUCUUCACAGUCUGCUUGUUAGGCUUUGAAAUCAUGCCCCCAGUACUGAUUUUGAAAUCCCUAACUGAAGACCUGACUUUUACACACAGGCCUCACUUGUGGGAGCAUCUGUAUCAGUGGUACUGUUUAGCCAUGACAUCAGCUUCUCCUGGGGGUACUCUACUGAGGUACUGAAGUCUAGGGCUGCGAUGGAGGAAGAUGUGUUUUGAUGGAGAAAGCAUUCCUCUGCGAGCAUUUUUGAAGAGGUUUUUAAUGCUUUGGGGGUUUGUUUUGUUGUUUUGUUUUUUUUAAUCCAGUGAUAGAGAACCUGUUAUCAGAGGAUGGAGCAGUAUAGAGAUCAAGAGGAGAAGUUAGAAGGGUCAGGGAGGGUACAUAGCCCAUUUCCAUCAUGAGGAAUAAUGUAGUUGAGGGUUUUGGGGCUUUCUCCAUCCUUUCUUUGAAGUCCGACACAACAGAGUAGGUGGGUUGAACACUAUGGCUUCUGUGCUUCUCUUGUUAAUGGGCUUGGGCAACACUCCGAACUGUCUAGGCUGGAAGAAAUCAGUGGUCAGAAGUUGCAGCAACAUAGCAUGCUCAUCACUUGUUUCAUACUUUGAUAAUCAAGUCCAGUCAGCAACGGUCCCUAAGGCUACUAAUUCAGCACUGAGGAGUAUUUACCCUGUGUCCAGCCCUGCAUUUUUCUGGACAUCUUUGUGUGGUUGCAGGAGUCAUUGUGGUGGGAGAGGCUGUGAAGAGCUAAAAAGGGCUAAUACAGGUGUUGUCUAUGUUUUUCCCAUAAGGAGUGUGGUAGGAAUGGUAUGAUUUGCUUUAUUCAGAAACCAAGUUUCAGCUCUGUGUAUGUGGGGUUUAGGCUAUUUCUUGAAACAAAUCUACUUUAUCACACUCUCCCUCUUCUUGAGAGUGUGAGUGUGUAUGUGUAUAUAUAUUUUUAAAUAUCUUGGUCAACAGAAGCAAGGCCAGCUUCUGAUGUCUUUCAGUUCCUGCUCCAGAUGUGUUAACAUAAUAAAAGCAGUGUUCAUUUUAAAGCAUUCCUGAAAAAAAACUAAAGCCCACUCAAAACAGUAAUUUAUUUUUGUCCUUUGAAAUCCAAAUGUUGGGCUUAAUCCAUUAUGAACAACUAAACAGAAUGUUCUAGCAGGAAUUAUUCUCUUGAAAACAUGCAUUUUUAAACAAGGAAAUAAAUUGCCUAAAUAAUUUCAAGUUUGUACGUGCUGUGCUGCCAUUGAUGCUUCUGCUAAAUACUGUCUCCAGUGUGCCUUUAUCUAUAAGCUUACCUUCUAGGACAUGUCAGUGCAGUCUGCAGCAUCUGUCAGUUUUGUGAAAUUAGUGACUUACAUCUUUUGGGUUUAUUUUAUGUUUUUAAAGCCAGUGCUGAAACCUAGGAUGUUCUUCUUUGAAGGUAUUGAAAUGUCUUUAAAAAAACCAAAAAACCCAAACAUACAAACCCCACCAAAAUAAAUUGUUUCUGUAGUAAAACAGCUCCAGGAAUCAUAAACCCUGCAUUUCUUAAUGCUGCAGAAUUUCCUCCAGGACUAUUCCCCUGCCCACAGAUGCACACUGGUGGGCCCAGAUCAUUUGGAUCUCUGGUAAGUUCAUGGGGCAUGAGAACAUAUGCAUGAUUUGGCUAAGUGUUUCUCACUCUAACAAAUAAGAAAUAUUUAGACCAGUUUCUCAUUGUAUAAGGCCCUAGCAAGUGGAAUUUGCUUGGUAAAUUCAGUUGUGAUGAUACUUUAACAUCUUUGUUGCUAACAGUAUUUUAGCUGUGUUUUCAAAGUUUAAUAUAGUUUAAAUUUUUCAGCUGCUUCUGAUUCUAGUUUGAUUAUUCCACCUGCUUGGAAGAAGUUAUUCCUCUUACCAUAAGAGGAGGCUUGCUUUUAAUAUGUGGCACUUGCACAGAAGCUGAAAGCAACAAUUUCUGGCUCUGUGAAUUUGUGGUAUCAUGUUUGUGUCACUUGGGCAAGCAUGUUUGUGUCAGGAAUUUAGGAGGGGCUAUAGCAAGCCUUGUAUCUUGAUUCAGUAUAAUUGUUACUUCUAGAACUACUGCUUUCUUGCAGAAUGUCAGUUCAUACUUUGAAUGAAGGGUCAGAAAACUGGCUGUAAUGCAAACACAAUGGCAGAAUUUGGAUUCUUGAGAAACUGCAUCCUUAAUGUGUUUCUCUACCUGAGGUAUGCAUAACCUUUGUUUCAGGUUAUUAUAGAUUCCAAGCAGGUUCUCAGUCCUCAUGUUUACUUCUGCACACUGUUUUCCUUCACAUACAGAAAGAGUACUGGCAGCUGAUUUGUAAAAUUCCCAAAAGACUCAUCUGCACUGAAAAGCAGAGGAGACCAGAUAGACCUUGUCUUUUGUGGCUCAGAGUCUACUGAAAAUAAAGAAUAAUUCAGUUUGGCACCUCUUGUUGAAGGCAGGCAGUGCCUCAUUGCCUUGAAGUGUAAGCACUGGAUUUUCAUUUGCAUCUUGAUAUUACACGCACAAGGGAUUGUCCACCUAUGUAAAAGGACUGCUUUUGUUUGAUUUUGGAAAAAAACUUCCCAAGUAUUAAACAGGUUCAGUAUCCAAUUAUAGUAUUCCAUGCAGUACAUACACAGCAUGAAACUGCCAUGGCUGUGAACAGGUAAUUGUCUUGUGGAUUUUAUUUUCCUAACUAGAAUCAUACUACAGUAUGGAAGAAAGUUUACCUUGGCAAAUAUGUUGAGAUCCACAUCCAAGUUCUCUGUCCUGUGGUUCAACCUGCCAUAUUAAGUAGAAAAAACAAAGCAAAAUGCAAUAUGUCUAAUUACAGACAACUGUUUAUUUACAUAGAUGAAAAAGGUUAUUCUUGUUUUGUGUGUAAGAAUAGAUUAUCAACUCUAUCCUUUUAGUAAAGUGUCUUAUUCUCCCUCUGUCAGAUGCAUCAGAUAAAAGUGCUGUUCAAGCAUGUUUUGUGUUGUCAGCUGUUUGCUUAUACAAUGUCAAUAUUCCUUUCUUUUGUCUCCUUUGGGCAAUCGGAAGUUCACACACAUGCAAGGAACUUAAGAGUGAGACAGUGAGUGCAUGCAUGUGUUCUCUGUGCUGGUGCAAACUUUCCUCAGAUACUCUGAUGUUCUUGAAAUAGUUGACUUCCUAGGGAAAUGUUCUAUUCCUGCCUUUAUUCCUGUUCUAUUCCUGCUCACCUCAAGUGAAAUUAAUUUUGCUCCAUGUAUACCGGUAAUGGGCAGUAGUCAGUUGGAGAUUCAGGGUGGUGGUAAUAAAAGAACAGUAAGUGUAGUCUUCUGACAUUUAGGUGAGAUGUGAGAGAGGAAGAUGUUCCUCCAGGAGAAGGGAAAUAGGAUACAGGUGAAUUAGUUUCUUAAUGUCAAUUAUUGCUAAUCAGGGAUCCCUAACUUGAAUACUAAUCCUAUAAUUCUGCAGUGAAGAAAAACCCAUUUCAUGUACCUUUUAUAUCCUUAACUCCCCAAGGCAAAGGAGGGAAAUAUAAAAUUUAGAAAUAAAAUUUUAAGGAGGCAACAAAGGCAAAUGAUUUUUGUACAGGCCAUGAAUCAGGUGCAGAUGAGCUGCACAUCUGUAUUUUGUCUCUGUAUGAAAGCAGUUCUCCCUGUGGGUGGAUGGGUGAGCUAUUACAGAAUUUAUAUUAGGAAUCUGUUUCUAGAAAAUGUUAUUUAUUGCAAAUGCUAUUGUAUUGUAAUUGGAACCAUUUCUGAGCUGAAAUUACUACAUUUAUGUAACUAUUAAUAAAGUUUUGUCUUUCCUUUUAGAAA